AUGCUACCUUCAAGCAAGCUCACAAAAGUGUUACUAUACCAAAAGGUUGGACCCGACAGAACAGAUCUUAAGAAAAAUUCUUCUUUAAGCGCCCUGAGGAUAACUGUUCCAAACUCUAAUUCUUCAUCAGAUGAUACAAAUAAAGAAUCUCAUAAGAGGAAAACUUCGCACAACAAAGAAGUUUCUGAUUGUGAGAUAGGUGGGGUCAAGAAAUCAAAGGUUAAUAAAAAUCGCAAGCCCACGGUAAUGAAGUUAAAUCUUUCUAUUCUUGACUUUGAUGUUGCAGACGUCACCCCUUUAGCAACAAUUCAAACUUCUGAUACUAAUGCCUCUAUCACCUUUGAAGAAAUUUUUCCUGGUGAAAAAGAACCUGCUGCUGAUCAAGGGAGAAAAGAUAUUUUUAUUACUGCCUCUGCGAGUUCAUCAGAUGCGAAUCAGACUUCGUCUUCAUUCAUCCAUACUAAUCCUCAACCAAAUUCUGUUAAUCAUGAAACAUCGCUUAAGGAAUUAAAGACCCAGAACGAAAAAAUCAUUCAAAGUAAAAUAAAUUUGAAUGCGAAGAAGAAUCAGCUUCAAGAACAAUAUAAUCAAUUAAAGAAAUCUCAUGAUGUUCUUAAGAAAAAGAAUAAAUCUCUCUCUGCUGAUGAAAAGAAGAUUCGCUCCCGUCUUAAUGGUUCAGUUGGUGAUGAUUUUGAUAAAGCUAUGGAAAGUAUGAAGAAUAACACCCUUCUCCUUUCUAAGUUCUGCGAAGAUUCUGAAAAGUCACAUCAAUCUACUAUUGCUCAAUUGAUAUUUGAUUUAUCCAAAAUUCGCAAAGAGCGGUUGAACCUUGAACUUUAUCUUGCUGCUUCUCGAGAUAGAGCGCGAAGAAGACUCGCACAUCAACAAUCUUUUUUAGAGAUCAAUGCUAGAAACCUUGAAAUGGGAGAUAUUCGCAAGGCUCAUGCUAGUGCUCAAUCUGUAGUUAAUGGAAUUCUUCUAAGAAACUCUCUUCCUGCGGUAAAGAUUCCUCCUCUUAAUGUAGGCGAAGAUGAAGAGUACCCUGAACCGGAUAGUGAUUAUGAAUUUGUGAGCGAUGAUGAGAAGGAUCAAGAGGAUGAACAAGAUCAAAUUGAGAAGGACAAGUCUGUUGAUAAGACUAAUGCCCAAAUAGAGAAUUCUGGAUCCAAUAUUGAUGUUGAAAAGUCUUUGGUCGAACAAGAUGUAGUUGCUGAACAUUUUUAA